AUGCAGGAAUGGUUGGAUGAACACAAAGAAGAGGUUGUUGAUAACAUAUUGGAAGAAGUGAUUGAUGGUGCAGGGCCAAUUAAGGAAAUUGAGACAGGGCAUUUGGAUGAGGAUCAUGAUGAGGAUGACCAUGGGGUUGAGGAUGUGGAUGCUGAUAAAGAUAAGGAUGACCUUAGCAGCCCUCAUUUUUUCAAAAAGGAUAAUGGGCCUGAUGUCGACAUGGGUGAGAAUGUAGGUUUGGGUGAGCCUUUGGAAGAUGCCAUGGAUGACAAUGAAGAUGUUUAUCCUGAGUCGCCAAAUAUUUUCAAUGAAAAGCUACACUGGAAGGAGCAAGAACAUGUGUUAGACGUUUUCUAG